AUGAACGUCGCUCCAACAGGACCGCCAGUCCUACCCCCCGAGAUGCUCUACCAGAUCGCCGAACUGUGCGACUCCGACUCCGACGUGCUCAAUCUCAUGAACACGUGUCGCGAUCUGAACGCAAUCGCCUCUCGCUUCCUCUGCAAAGGCCGCGAAGCACACGUCUGUUCCUACCUCGACCUCCGUCUCCUCAUCGCCUUCCUCGGUGCAAAGGACCAAGAACGCUGGCGGCGCCUCGCUUAUCUGGACAGCGACAUCCGCACCGAGGACAGUGUGGAGCUCUACCUCUUGCUACAGCCCGACCUGGCGACUAUGAUGGCCGGGUUCACAUCCGUCAAGAUCCUCACGCUUAUGGACGUUGGAUUCGAAACGCUGUGGCUUCUCGAGGAGGCGUCUUGGGACGUGAACAUCGCCUUCAUCGGGCUCCUCCCCCGGUCCCUAUCUCCUCAAUUACCCAUGAAGAUCUUCCGCUCCCUGGGCAACAUGAGAGGCACGCUACGCGAAUUGGGCCUCGUCGGCUCGCGGAACGGGAUGUUCGCGGCCGCAGGCGACAUUCGGUUCGAGGCGCUCGAGCAUCUCCAUCUCUUCUUCGCGAACCCUCAGGAGCACUACACUUUUGCGCGGCAACUCCCGAACGUCGUCCGCAUGUUCCCAAACCUCGUGGCCCUCGAGAUGUACGGCUCCGACAGCACCCACCGGCUCUAUCACCUGUACCCGGAUCUGGACGAAGACAGCGAGCCCGAGGUUGAAGCCCUGGACGUACGCAAGCUCGCCCACGACAACGCGUCGUGGCAGCGCACCCACGGCUCCUGGAACGAGCUCAUCCAUCUCGUCGGCUCCCUCGCCUCCGUCUACGGCCUCGCGCCCCAGCGCCCCGUGUACGAGCUCCGGACCGCAUUCACCCGCCACGGCGACCCGCUCGCGGAGACCGCGAUGCUGGUGGAUGCGCUCGACGCGCUCAGCCCGCGCAUGCUCGACCUGCGUGUGCACACGUUCGCGACGGUCGAGCACCCCGGCUUCGCGAGCGUGUUUGCGCGCGAGCGCCUGCCGCAGCUGCGGCACCUCAAGCUCCACGUCUCCGAGGACGUGCUCGCGGGGGGUGAUCCGCAGCGCGCGCUUGUCUCGGUUCUGCACGCGCUGGAGAGCGCCACGAAGGAGCUCACGAUGCUGAGUAGCAUGUACGUCUAUUUCCGGAUGGCGAUGAACCCUGCUGCCACGCCGGAUCAGGCCCGUGACGAAGGCGAGGAGAACGUGGACCCGAGCGAGUCGACAGCAUACGUGCAAGCGGUCACGGCGCGGAUGCAAGAGUUCUUGCUCGGCGCGGCGGGUCCGACGAUGGGCAUGAAGGUCACCGUUUCGCGUGGGUCCGGCGAUUGCGAUGAAGACGAUGAGGUGUCGCACACGUUCUGUGGCUUGAAGGUGAAUAGUGUUAUGUAUUUCGACGCCGGCAUGGAUAAGCCGUGUGAAUGCGGAGGCGAUGGGGACGAUGGGGACGGGGAGGACAACGACGAUGGGCAGGACUAA